AUGCUUCUUUCAUUCCGCAUAUGGCUCGGAGACAUUGUUUUUGGCGUCCUUGGGAGCUCGAGCCGUCCCGGGGGCGCUCGCGUUUGUCGUCGACGACUAGUCAAGUGGCCAUGCAAACAGAACGAACUUGACGCUCUGCUCUUCGUCGCCGCCAAUACGUCAAUUCCAGUGCCAAAGAUCUAUAGGACGUAUCAACAUCAUGGCGAGUUGGCUGUUGAGAUGGAGUAUCUGCGCGGAUGCAAGACCGUGCAAGAUUCAUGGCACGAGCUCACGGACCUUGAGAAAGAAACCGUCGCUGAGCAAGUCGCUGGGUAUAUUGAGCAACUUCGAGCUUUGAAAUCUCCGAGUGAGCAGAAGGUGUCUUCCACAAAUGGAGGACAGUGUCGAGAUAUCCGAGUCGGCACUGUGAAGCUUUUUGGGCCAUUCGAAGACGUCCCGACGUUCCACCAUUUCAUCCGUGGCGGAAUACCAAUCGAAACUACAUCCACCGUGUUUGGUGACAAAGUCGCGAAGAUUCACCAGCGCAAGUACAACAUACACUUCACACACGGAGACUUGGCAUCGCUCAACAUCCUUGUACGGAAUGGAGAGGUCGCCGCCAUUGUUGAUUGGGAAUGCGCAGGAUGGUAUCCUGAAUAUUGGGAAUAUACGAAGGCGCACUACAACUCUGUCUACCAGCCCGAAUUCCACCGAUUGCUCGACCAAAAGGUUACUCGGUAUGACGAGGAGCUCGCAGCCGAGCGCAUGCUAUGGGAGAGAUACGAUCAAUUUCUAGAUACAGAUCGCCCCGAUGAUAACUGUGACUACGACGACCAUCCUGCGCCCGCUUCCCAACAGGGGUAA